AUGUUCUACAACACCUCCAUACUUGAAUACGAUGGGACAACAACUACAUUUGGAGUGGCGGAGACCAUACAGAGAACAUUGGAGAGAUAUUUUGUAAAGUUUAUUGCAAAUUCGACAACAUCCGCUUCUAAACCAACACCUUCUACACAUACACCUUAUGCACCAACACCUUAUGCACAUACACCUUAUGCACCAACACCUUCUAUGCAUACACCUUCUAUACUAAAACCUUUUGCUCAUAUACCUUCUACACCAACACCUUCUUCACAUACACCUUAUGCACCAACACCUUCUACACAUACACCUUAUGCACCAACACCUUCUGCACAUACACCUUAUGCACCAACAUCUUCUACGCAUACACCUUCUAUACUAACACCUUCUGCUCAUAUACCUUCUACACCAACACCUUCUUCACAUACACAUUCUACACCAACACUUUAUUCACCAACAAAAUUGAUCCAAUCUCCCUGA